AGGGCGGUCCUGGGCCGGGCGAGCCGGGCUCUUCCGCUUCCCUCCGCGCACUCAGGAAGGUUUUGGAGGCCGCGGGAAGGAAGCCGGGACAGCAGCGCGCUCGGCCAGGAGAGGAGCCUGAGAGCGGACGCCCACGAGGGUCGGAAGGAGUCCUGCCGUCUGCUGUACUGCUCAAGUUGGCAAACCAUACCAAGAGCAUCAAAGAUGUCCCUUCAGGCAGCAAAGGGAUCGUCAGCCCGUAAAUCGAAGCAAAUGACUGUAAAGACAUCUUUGAGCAACCCGUAUACUCUGCAGUGGAGCCCUGUGGAUGGAGCAGACAUGCACUACAUAUUGGAGGCCUUAGGAGAUGUUAUGAAACAGACUGGGUUAGAAAAGGUAGAGACUCGGAGAAGGAAGAAACCCUUUUCUGGAAAGAAGCAGGAGAAAGAACAAUGCAAUGGCCAGACCAGCAGACUUCAAGACGAGAAUUGCUCUGGAGAUGCUAAAGCACAUGGGUGGACAAACUUGCAAAUCAGGAACCAACUCGCUAUCGGGAUCAAUGAAGUAACAAGAGCGCUGGAAAAAAAUGAGUUGCUUCUGGUGCUUGUGUGCAAGUCUGCCAAACCUGCUAUGCUAACGUCUCACCUUAUUCUGCUCUGUGCAAGCCGGGCCACUCCAGCCGGCCAGGUCCCACGUCUCAGUGAAAGCCUCGCACCGGUCCUCGGGUUAACGUCCGUCCUAGCCCUGGGAUUUAAAAAGGACACUGACGCUUUUGCAGAGGUAGCCAAAACCAUUAUCCCGCGAAUACCACAUUUGGAUGUGCCCUGGAUUCGGCACGGAACAGAACGUUUGCUGGCCACUGAAGAUGCUCAUCCGGCGAACUUGCAGGCGGGUGAGGGCACAGAGUCAGACCCGGAAGAGCGCUCUCCCAACCACAAGCGGAAAAGAGCAGAUUGCAGCAGGCGUGCCUCUCCUGCUACAGCCCUGCAAGCACUCAAGGUUAAAAAAAUAGUACCCAAUCCAAACAAGCGAAGGAAGCUUCCCAAAACUAAAAAGCGCAUUUCAAAGUAAUCAAUUAUAUUGGCUUGUUCCCACAUUUCUUAUUUGCCUGUGUGUGUGUGUGUGUGUGUGUGUGUAGCCAGUAAAAGCUAUGUAGCAUUAACUAGGCUUGCAGUUAAGAAUAUAUACCAACAUUACAAAAUUCAUAUUUGUGGCAAGAUAUUCAAGCUAAUAGCUUGGUACUGGACACAUGUCAUUUCAGAAAAUCUAAAAGUGCUUGGAACAAAGCCUUUUUCUGGAUUAAAUGUAAUUCAAAACAAAAGAGUAUGGAAGUGAUAACGUUUAUUCAAACAUCCAUCUGUGCUGAUAGAUUCAAUCGCUAGUAAUCUCUUUAAGAUGCCGGAAUCACAAAACAUCUGCAAAUUUGAUAGCACAAUGUUAUCCUUUGGACACUUGCAUUUGGUCAAAUAAUGCAUGCAGAACUGACCCCAGGUGCAUUUGGCCUUUAAGAGAGGAGUAUUUUCUUUAGCAUGUCAAUCAGCCCAAAUAUCUGCAAGAAGAAAAGCACUUCAGAUUUGGAUUUUGGGGUGCAGGUCACAACUGAUCUUGCAGAUCCCACAAUGCAGAUUUCCUAAACAGAGGUUACAGCCUUGCCACGUUCAGUUUAACAGCAUGCUAUUGAAUCUAAAAACUAAAAAUGCCCCUAAACAGCUAAAACGGGGGUGCAACUUAAAAUGGCUGCUCAGAGGAAACUUGUUUCAAUCAGCUGCUAUUAAUAUAUUAAUACUGAAAACAGGCAAGUUGUAGGGGCAGUAAGGAGGCGGCAGCAGCAGCAGCAAGAACUGGAUAUAGGAUGUGUAGUUAAAUUAUUACCUAUUUAGUCAGGUGCAAAACUUUGUGCUUGCAGUAGUUUGUGCUUAAAGGGUUAUGGAAAGGCGAAAUCACCACAUGUCUACACCAACUGUGCUUUGCUUUCUUACAUUUCCAGCACAAAUAUUUAAUUUGUUGUAAUUUUAUGACAUUUCUAUUCUGCCUUUCCUCUGCCAUGGAAACCUAGGUGGUUCCCUAGUGGUCACUCAUCCAAGCACUGACUGGACCUGCUUGGCUCCAGCAAUUUAUUGGAUAAUAAUUGGGAAGAUUGUUCUUAGUUGUCUAGUGAAGGAGAAAAACGAAGGGUUAUUAAUCUUACGAAGUCUUGCGUAGUUCUGAGGCUUUCCUCACUCCUACUUCCACACUAAUUUCAGCUAUUCAGUGCUAUUUUAAUGCCCCCCUCACACACACUUGUUUAACCAGUCAUGUAAACUUAUCCAGAUCACUACUGAACAUCUUCACCUUUAAUUGAAUCAUGGUGCAUUAAAUUGAAAGCUUA